UGCUCCUCUUUGGGCUGCAGUGAGGACAUGAUGGACGAGUCUGUGGUCAGGGGCAGAAAGUACUCGGGCCCUGCUCAAACUCAAGACACACGCACACAGUUAAAAAAAUGGAUUCCACUGGUCUUCUUCUGCUUUGGACUUCUUUGCACUGUACAAACUGUCAACAUUUACCUUCGCAUCGGAUUUUACUCAAGAUGUAAGAUUGCAGCAUCAGACCUGGAUUAUUUUAAGACAAAAACCUAUCAACUCAUUGAGGAAAGAGACAAACUGGAGACAAAACUGCAGAACAUUGAUAACCAUAUGUCUGAAGGCUGGCUGUAUUUCCAAGGCAGUUUCUACCUGGGCUCCAUCACAGAACGGAGCUGGAAGCAGAGCCGUCAGUACUGUCAGGAGAAAGGAGCAGAUCUCCUCAUCAUCAACAGUGACCAGGAGCAGGUAUUUGCACAUAGGAUAUUUAAGGGGCGCAGAUGGAUUGGACUGAGUGACCAGGAGGAGGAAGGGGUCUGGAAAUGGGUGGAUGGGUCACCACUUAACACAAGCUUUUGGAAUUCUCAGGAGCCAAAUGAUAAAGGUGGUGAAGAUUGUGGUGAAUUCUAUUUUUCCACCUUAGACAACUGGAACGACAAUGAUUGCUCUGAAAUAGCCACAUUUAUAUGUGAGAAAAAAAUGGAUUAAUUUGCAUGUACAUAUAUGUUUCAUAUUUUCUACAUUAUGAUGCCAAAAGGAUGUAUUUUAGCUGUGCAGUGAUAACAAGCACAUUUUUAAUCCUUUGUCGUCCACU